UCCCCAUCCUCAUCUUAGCUCUCUCUAAUAACCCAUAGUAACUUUCCCCAUUACACUAGCUAUCGGUAGGCAAGAGUCAACCCGAUUGUUGAUCAUGUCUUCUGAUAGUAUUAGUACUGGCGAUAAUACUGGUGGUGAUGGUGGUGGUGCUGCUGCUGCUGCCAAUAGCAGUGCAAGCAACAAUAAGAAACAGAAGAUGUCUCCCCCCGUCGAUGUUCUUCUGUUGCACAAGAAUGAGAUUUGGAUCCAAGGCAUUCUUCCUCUUGUUGGUGUUGGACAGUAAGCUUUUGUAGGAGCUGUCAACAAGAAGAUGAAUCAACUGUACAAAGACUACUGCAAAAUUGAGCUCAAGAAAAUUCCAACAACCAUUGUAGAGAACCCUGGAUGGCGUCCUCCCCGACGCUCACCUACCCCCACAGACACUCUCUACUGCAAAACAUUCUGUAACCAGCCAUGUGCAGAAUACUGGCUCGAGGACAAUUCCAGCAACAAAACACCUCAUCGUAGUAAUGUUUGCAUUGUCAUUGCCAAAAGUGGAAACCUGACUGUCAUGAAAUGGGCACGCCAACAAGGAUUCCCAUGGGAUGCUUUGGCAUGCAGUGCAGCUGCUGAAGUUGGACAUUUGGAAAUUCUGAUUUGGUUAAGAGAGAACGGUUGUCCAUGGGAUUCAUGGACAUGCCACGAAGCUGCUAAAUUUGGACAUUUGGAAAUCUUAAAGUGGGCUCGUGCAAAUGGUUGUCCAUGGAAUGAAUACACAUGCUCAGUUUCUGCUCUAAAUGGCCAUCUGGAAAUUCUAAAGUGGGCUCAUGAAAAUGGUUGUCCAUGGAAUCAAGAGACAUGUGAAUGUGCUGCUGAAGGUGGACACUUGGAAAUUUUGAUGUGGGCUCGUGAAAAAGGCUGUCAGUGGAAUGCAAAUACAUAUCGCCUUGCCUGCAUGGGUAACCAUAGGGAAGUGAUCCAGUGGCUUCGUGACAAUGGCUGCCCGGGGUCUCGUGAUGAUUGACACUGAUAUGCUUUGAGGGUGUGCUCGAUCCCCCCUUUAAAAAUUGCCCUUGUCAAAGCCACUCAUGCAUGUCUCGGUGGACCCCCUUGUCAAUGGAUUUCCCUAGUUGUGGAAAGGAAAGUCAUACCAGUACCGGUGGCUGGUGGCACUUAGUGAGCUUGCCCCAUUGGCCUAACCCGACGCGAAGUCCUUGGUUACCUUUCCUUUUCAGUAAUAGGUGUGCCAGUAUUUAAGUAGUAUGCAAUUUCCUACGUACU